AUCGCUUUGGAAAGACAUCAAGUAGGAUGGAAAACUGCUUUUCCGACAAAAAAUUCCAUAAAUCUGCUAUAAUCUCUAAUUGUGGUAUUGCAUAUUGGAUAAUAUAAGCAGAGUACAAUCCAUUUCACAAAGCUAGCAGGUUAAUAGUGGGACAACAUAAAAAUGUGACCACAUGUAAUGGGAUACAAAGGAUGCUGAAGGAGGCAGUUGUUGCUGCUGCUGCUGCUACCGUUCAGAUAAAGGACAACAAAUAGCAGCUACUGUGUGUCCAAACAACAAACCUGCCUCGGUCUUCUAGAAGCGUAUAUUCCUUUCAGGCGACACAAAACAACCAAGAUGUAAAAGGAGAGACAGCCACAUGUGCACCGUCAAGAGGAGAAGAUGGCUCUGCUUGUCGUUUGUGCGCUCCUGUGCCUGUCCUGUUGGGUGUCUUUCUACUUUAUCCUGUGUAAUGUUAACGGGUCCAGGAGCUACGAAUGGAACUGUCGCCUCGUCACACUGGUGCACGGGAUCCUGGCGGUCUGCAUCACAGCGUACAUAGGCUAUGUGGAUGGACCUUGGCCUUUCACUCAUCCAGGUACUAAGAACACCCCUCUGCAGAUAAGUGCCAUGGUCCUGAGUCUGGGCUACUUUAUUUUUGACAUGGCCUGGUGUGUGUACUUCCGCACAGAGGGACCCGUUAUGCUGGCCCACCACACCAUGAGCAUCCUGGGAAUUCUGUUGACCCUUUGGUUGGGGGAGUCUGGCAUCGAGUCCUGUGCAGUGCUCUUUGGCAGUGAAAUCACCAACCCCCUACUGCAGGCACGCUGGUUCCUCAAGCAGACUGGACGUUACGGGACUCUGCUGGGGGACGUUGUGGACGUCCUGUUUGUGCUGCUGUUUGUGGUGAUGCGAAUUUUCGUGGGCGGCACAAUGCUGUACUGUGAGCUGAUCUCCCCGAGGCCGAGAUUCUUUAUCAAGUGUGGCGGAGUGGCCAUGUACGCUCUUUCCUGGGUCUUUAUGGUGGACAUUGUUCGAUUUGCCAUACGGAAGAGCAAAAGCUGGCACAAACAGCAGAGAGACCGCCCAGAGCCAUUAGCUGCUAAUGGUCACGAAGGGAAGAAGGAGUGAUCGGCCUCUGCGUAUCCAAAGGGAAUCCAUUUAUAUUAUGUUGUUUCUUUGCUUUUCACUUUGGACACUCGAUGGAACGUACGCAGAAAAGCAUCUUUCUCUAUGUUAAACUGAGAUUUAAAAAGAGGAUUUUUUUAAAUAAAAAUGCUAAGACAUCUGUUUGUAAGGUUUAAUGGCUGUGCAUUUUGCAGCUAAACAUGCUAGUUUAUUACGUGAAAGGUGCAAAAAACACUGACAUAAUUUAUGUCACUGAAAACCAAAGCACUUUGUAUUAACACAUAAAGAAAAUUUGUGGUAAACUGUGGCCUAGUGAUGUGAUGGUGUGGUUUCAAAGGGAAGUUCCUAUUAGGAAAGAAAGAGUUUACAUUUAACACAGUGGUCCUUGUGAAACAUUUUCAUUGAUAUCAAAAGGCUAGGAUUGGUACUCAGGGAAAUAAGUAAUAUCAGAAAGUCUGAAGUGGGUUUAAUGUGUUUAAUUCAUUUUUUUAAUUGUUAUUAUUAUUACUAAGCUUUUGUCUGCUGUCUGAAAUCUUAUUCCAGAGCCUGCCAUAAAAAAAAGCAACAUUUUAUUUAUUUUACAUCCCUCAUGUAAAAGAAUUCAUGGUGAAGCUCUAGAUUUCAGAGUUUUAUUGAGUCUUUUAAAUUCUAUAUGUAUAUAUAUGUAAAUUGUAAACUAUAAAUACCUGCUCAAGUUUUCUGAAAUGGUGUCCGGUAUUGAUUUUACUAUACCAGAUGUGUAAGGAUGCCCCCCCCCCACGUGAGUAAUCAUAUUGGCAAGAUCUGUGCUCUAUACCAAUAGCUCCCAGGUAAUUUAAUUUAAUAGGUUGUUUAUUGAAUGCUUCAGUCUCACAGAGAUCUUGUCAGAAAUGGUCAAGGCUUUGAUUAAAUUAAUUCUGAGCUAUCUGUAAAGUGUGCAAGUCUUGAGAUAUACAUGUUCUACACUCUGUUUGCCUUAAUCUUUGAGAUACUGUACUGUAAACCACCAUGAGAUAAAGCAGGAAACAUUUAUAUAUAGGGAAUAUAAUGACUGAGCCCAGAUUUUAUAUGUGCAUUCUUGUUUUAAUUAUGAGCAUACCUUGCUUUUGUCGUAAUAGGUUAAAAACAUGCCAUCUGUUUGUUUCCCAUGUCUGUUCGCCUGACUGCCACAGCUGCAAAUCUCUGCAUCACCAAUACAAACAGAAAAGUACAAAUCUAACUGUGUGUGCCUUAGUUAUCUGAAUGUACCUUCCUAAUGUGUUGUUUUUUUGUUUUUUUUUUCCAAUGUACUGUAAACCCUUCAACACAAGAGUCAGCGUGCUUAAGAGCCAUUUCCAGGUCCGGGUUUCAUCGUUC